UAUUAAAUUCCUAUAUAAGGAUUUUCAUAUAGUUAUCGGAUCUUUGGACUCACAAACCCGAAUCCGUUAAUGUCACACGUAGGCCUCUCCUUUUCAGCAUCGCCUUUUCCGUUCCCUUUCUCCCUGUCUCCUUCCGUUUCGAGGGUGCGGACCACCGACGAAUGGAGGUCGCCACUGCCACAUCUCUCCUCCAUCCUCUUCUCCUCCGAACCAAGCCCAAGCUCCUCCGGAACGCUUCAGCUUCGCUCCGAUCAUCCACAGUGCGUCUCAGUGAAGGAGCUUCUAGGGUUUGCAUCGGCCGGAGAUGGACCUCUUCGGCUCCUCUGAGGCAACGUUAUCUCCUAUCAAAGACUUAUGCUGUGAGGGGAGAAUCCGAGGUCCCUGAUGUCGUGGACGGGAAGAUUCUGGCUGGAUCGAUGGUCACUGUUGCUCUGGCAGUGGCGAAUCGGGUGCUCUAUAAGCUUGCUCUUGUUCCCAUGAAGCAGUACCCUUUCUUUCUCGCCCAAGUCACCACUUUUGGGUAUGUGGCAGUAUACUUCACUAUCCUAUAUGUAAGGUAUCGCGUGGGUAUUGUGACUAUGGGAAUGCUGGGGGUGCCAAAAUCUCAAUUCAUGGCGAUUGGUUUGCUGGAAGCCCUGGGAGUUGCUGCAGGAAUGGCUGCCGGAGCACAGCUCCCUGGACCUGCCAUUCCUAUCUUGUCUCAGACUUUCUUGGUUUGGCAGCUUAUCUUUUCGGUUUUAAUUUUGGGCAGAAGAUAUUCUUAUAACCAAGUUCUUGGUUGCUCACUUGUGAUAGCUGGAGUGGUCUUAGCUGUGGCAAGUGGGUCUAGUGAAGGCCAAUUUCUAUCUCAAAUUGGCUUUCUUUGGCCAGCUCUGAUGGUAGCUUCCUCUGCUUUUCAAGCUGGCGCUUCCAUUCUCAAAGAAUUCGCUUUCAUUGAUGGUGCAAGGCGCCUUCAGGGCAAGCCUCUUGACAUUUUUAUCGUCAACUCCUUUGGAUCUGGUUUUCAGGCUCUUUUUGUAUUUCUUCUUCUUCCCUUUCUUUCACACUUGAGAGGUAUUCCGUUUCCUGAACUCCCCACUUACCUCAAAGAUGGGGCUGGAUGUUUUUUCAAUGUUGGGCACAGCAAGACAGGUUGUGAAGGAGCUCCACUGCUGCCUCUGCUUUUUAUUGCAACAAACAUGGCAUUCAACAUAUUUUUGCUUAACCUGGUGAAGAUGUCAUCGGCUUUAGUUUCUUCACUUGUUGUGACAUUAGCAGUGCCGAUGUCGAUCUUUAUCCUUUCACUUCCAUUACCAUAUAUUCCUCAAGGUGCAAGCUUGAACUUUUGGUUUGUAAUCGGCACUGGUAUUCUGGUGGUGGGUUUGAUGCUAUACAAUCUUCCAAAAUUAGAGAAUCAAUUUGACAAAAGUGAUUAGCAACAUUAACAAGUGGACAGUUAGAAGUUACUUUCCAAGAUGCGUUAGUUCCUGUAUUGGCCUUGGAGGGAGAAGUAUUAAUUCCUUUAUAAUUCUUUCUACUUGUAUUUAUGCACUGAUGUAUAUAUAUAUAUAUUUGAAUAAAUAUGGGCAGACUAUGAACCCUCUGCA